AUGCCUAGUUAUGUGGAGUUUAUGAAAGAAAAUUUAACGAAGAAGAGGAAACUAGAGGAUUAUGAGACAGUGACACUUGCUGAGGAGUGCAGUGCGAUACUUCAAAAGAAGCUACCUCCCAAGCUUAAAGAUCUGGGUAGUUUCAACAUUCCAUGCUCUGUAGAGGGGGUGGGUGGUUCAAUGUUAGGGUUUCAGUAUCAGCCACCGUCUUCCUCUUCUUCUUCUUCUUCUUCUUCUAAUAACAAUGGUGAUCCCGAUCUUGAAACUUUUGAUCUCGGUCAUGAGGCUGUCGAGAAGGAGAAGGAAGAGGAGGUAAGUGGAGCUUCUAUUCAUCAGGAGCUUGCGAGGUUGGAAUUGAAGGAGACCGAGGAAGAGCCGGUUCUGAACCCGGAUUUGGAGGAGAAGAAAGAAGAAAAAGAAGAAGAGAAGGAUGAGGAAAAGGUUGUUGACAGGGAUUUGAGUGGAGAAGAAAUGGGGAGCCAGAAUGAAAGUGACGAUGGAAAUGAGAAUGUGAAUGAGGAUGGGUAUGGGAAUGGGAAUGGGAGUGAGAACGAGAAUGAAAAUGAGGAUGAGGAUGAAGAUGAGGAUAGGAAGAGAGAAGUAGAAGAGAACGAUGAUGAAGAUGGUGGAGUGGGAGAGAAUAACAGUGGAAAUGAGACUGAAAAUGGCAGUGAAGUAAAUAAUGGUAGCGGUUAG